AUGGGUAUCACCGGCCUGAUACCGUUUUUGGAGAAGGCAUCUUCAAAAGUACAUCUUAAGGAUAUACGCGGCAGCACUGUUGCCGUAGAUACCUAUUGUUGGCUGCACAAAGGUGCUUUCGGCUGUGCCGAAAAGUUGGCGCGUGGCGAGGACACCGACCAGUACAUGCAAUACUGCAUGCGUUAUGUGGAGUUGCUGCUGAGCUACGAUAUCAAACCGAUUUUAGUGUUCGAUGGCCGUCACCUGCCAGCAAAGGAGCUCACUGAACGUCGCCGUCGCGAAAGUCGCAAACAAUCGCGCAAAUUGGCUGCAGAGCUGUUGCGCGCGGGAGACAAGGAGGGCGCUCGCUCGCAUAUGCGACGAUGUGUGGAUGUCACACAUGAAAUGGCAUUACGUGUGAUACGCGAGUGUCGACUACGAAAUGUCGAUUGCAUUGUGGCGCCUUAUGAAGCGGAUGCACAGAUGGCUUGGCUGAAUAAGAUCGAUGUGGCACAGUAUGUUAUAACCGAAGAUUCUGACUUGACAUUAUUCGGUGCGAGCCGAAUAAUAUUCAAGCUGGACUUGACUGGCGCCGGUUUGUUGGUAGAAGCGGAUAAGUUAUAUUUGGCUAUGGGUUGCACCAAGGAGCGCUAUAAUUUUGACAAGUUUCGACGCAUGUGCAUAUUAUCUGGAUGUGAUUAUUUAGACUCACUCCCUGGCAUUGGCUUGGCAAAAGCAUGUAAAUUCAUGCUCAAAACUGAACAAGACGAUAUGUGGAAAGCAUUGAAGAAACUACCUACUUAUUUGAAUAUGAAAAAUUUGCAGGUCGAUGAUGAAUACAUUGAGCAUUUCCUUAAAGCGGAAGCAACGUUUAAGCACAUGUAUAUUUAUAAUCCCUUUGCACGACGCAUGGAACGUUUGCAUGAUUUAAGUGAAUUUGAAACAGAUGAACGCUUCUGUUCCAACGCCGGCACACCGCUCGAGGACGAUGAGCAGGCGUUGCAACUAGCAGUUGGAAACUUAAAUCCAUUCACAUUGAAACAAUUAGACAACUGGCAUCCGGAUAGAAAUUUCGGGCAAGCACAGGCAAAUAAUAAUAAAAUCAAACGUGCUAAACAUAAAAGUAUUUGGCAGGGAAAUUAUCAGCCACGAACAAGCGCACCCCCGUCUACGGAUGCUUUUAAGGACGUCAAAUGUGCUUUGCAUUUUAGAAAAGUAGAUUUUAUUAGUAAAACUAUUGAUGAAGAGAUAACAGAAAAUGCGCGUGUGGAACACGCCAAACCAGAAGAAGCCGAAAUCUUUUCAAUGUAUCAGCAUGAAGCCGGUGAGCUAAUCGCGCCUAGCGCGAAACGACGACGCUAUAGUAGUGAAAGUAAUGACGAAGGUUCGGAUAGUUGCAUUGAACCAGAGACAAUACAAAAUUCGCUGCCCAAAGUAGCGCACAACACACACAAUCCUUUUGCAAGGCCACAAUUUACAACAGCAGCGAGUAAGUCAGUAUCAAUCUGUGAGAAUCCUUCUUUAUUAAGGGUGCUAAGUCCAAAGAAAGCACUUGAUGAGACAAGCAGAGGAAAUGGUAUUAAUUUAAAAAGUCCAAAAAGUCCGCUAGAUCGGCUGGCAGAAAGGGUUACAGUAAAGAGUCGAUUUUUUGCUAACAAUAUAAAUGAAGUGCAUCGAAGUAAGAAAAGCGUCAGUAGAGAUUUAACUGCUGAAAUCAAUUCAAUAGAAAAGCAAUCACAGCAACAGGAAAAAGCGCGUGCAAUGCUUUAUGACUCGCCAUCGCCUAAGAAAAAGUGCAAAUUGACUUUGGAGACUAACCACGCUGCCUUUAACGAAGGUACUACAAAAACCAAUAUUAAUAAGGAGGAGGAGGAAUGUGAUAGCAUUGAAUUGAUAGAAGAAUCAACGAACGUGACAAAAGCCAGUGUUUCGAGCCUAGAUAUCAGCUACAUUGAAGAUAGCGAGAGUAAAGGUAGCUUGGAGAGUGCAAUAACACUAUCCGAUGAUGAUGAUGUUGGUGACGGCUUUGAAAGAACCAUAACGGAAACACAAACGUCAAGAUCAUCAAUCAACCUUUUUAAAUCACAAGAAAAACAACGUUUAGGUCUAUCACGAACAAAAGCCAAAUCAACAUUAAAAUCACAAAAGACAAGUGGAAAAUCUAACGCAAAGUCUAUGAGUACAACAACUGCUUCGUUGCAAAAUCAAACACGCUUAACUAUGUUUGGCUUCAAGAAGCGACCUACUUUAAAAUAGCAUUUAUGUAUACAUAUGCAUUUGUAAGUGUUGUUUAUUAGUGUAUGUAUGUAUAUGUUAUUUUGUCAAUUUAUUAUUAUAAUUUUGUUUUGUUAUCAAGUUUUCACCUGAUAUCGCCAGCCAUAAUGUAAACUAAGCUAAUUUAA